UCGACUUUCGAGUUCGAAUCAGUCGAAACGUCGUCAUUGUGAAGCAUUGGUGGUCAUUGCAACACGUUGGUUCUUUGGCAAGUUAUUGCGUCAUUAUAUUUUAACGUGAUUGCCAAAAUUACCGUAGAAUAUCGAUCAAUAAAUACUCAGCACGUGAACUCUUUUAGGAUAAAAAGAUUUUAAAAAUACGAGUAUUGCCUUGAGUUGUAGUUCCAAGUUAUUUGGAUUGCGACAUAUCUCGCUGUGCCAGUGCAAGAGUGUGUGUCAGAGGUAGAUGGCUCCCAAAAAUAAAGAAAAUUCCAAUAAAAAAAAGAAGCAUUUAUCCGAGGAUGAUGAUGAUGAAGACUACAGGAAACGCAGAGACAGAAAUAACCAGGCAGUCAAAAAGUCCAGAGUGAAAAGCAAGAUAAGAACACAACAAACAUUGGAUCGAGUUAAUCAGCUGAAGAAUGAAAAUGAGGUUUUGGAAGAAAAAAUCAAAAUGCUGAGCAAAGAAUUGGGAUUUCUGAAAGAUCUUUUUUUGGCGCACGCUGGUUCAAACCAACAUUCCAUGAACAUGCAAGAUAUAGAUCUGAAUGCUCUUCUUUCAGACGAAACAAGCAAAUCAGAUCCUCUUUUUAAAUCUUAAUCAACAUAAAUAUUAACAUUCCACAAGAAGGAAUGAAGGAUAUAAAUCGAGAAACUGUACAUUUUAUUUAUUAAAAUG